AUGCAUUACCCUAAUUGCAUCUCAGAUGAUGUAAAUGUUGUUAUAGUAGCAUGUUUAAUACGAUCAUCUUCCACUAACCAUCACUGGAUUGGUCUCAGAGAAUACGGCAUAGGAUCAGGAUAUGAAUGGUCUGAUGGUACAGCCUUAGAUUAUCAAAACUGGGAUGCCGGUGAACCAAAUGAUUUCAAUGGUGAAGAACAAUGUGUUAAUUUCUAUGCACAUGAUCAAGGUACCUGGAAUGACAAAAACUGUGGUGAGAGAAUACCAUUCAUAUGUCGAAAAUUUGAGCACAUAACCCACCCAAUUACACGUAUACCAACCACGCCAAUGCCUGGACCAUGUCCUGGGGGAGGAUGGAUGGAAUAUGGAGGAAAAUGUUAUAAGAUAUAUAGUGGUGAUGGGAGUGAUUCUUUAACCUGGGAGGAUGCUCGAACUGUUUGUAGAGAUCUUGGAGGAGAUCUAGCUACAAUACACAGUCAGGCUUUGCAAUCAUUCUUGAUAAGCAAACUACGUUACGUGUCAUCAGCAUUAUGGAUUGGUCUGAGUGAUAUAUCUUAUCAAAAUAGAUUCAUAUGGACUGAUGGUACACCUGUAGACUACACAAACUGGGCUGCAGAUGAACCCAAUGGGUACUAUGCAGAUGACUGCGUUGAGAUGAUGUACAUCUCCUCCCAUGCUGGGCAAUGGAAUGACAUAUCAUGUGACAGUGAAAGGGGAUACAUAUGUCAGGGAGAUAAAGAUGUUGACCCAUCAGCUCCUGACCCAACUUAUCCUUCUGAAGAUGAAUGUCAAGAUGACUACAUCCAAGAGUAUCUUGGCUGCUACAAAGUGGUGAAGUCUUCACAGACACAUCAAAGUUCUAAUGAUAUUUGUGUCAAUGAUGGCGGUAAUCUAGUCAGUAUUAUUGAUGCAUAUGAACAAGGUUUCAUUGAUACAUUGGUAUUUGAUGUUGAUAGACCAUUAUGGAUUGGUAUGGCAUAUAAUGAAGAGAGUAGUGAGUACAAAUGGAUUGAUGGGACACCAGUAUAUUAUACCAACUGGGGAUCUGGUGAACCAAGUGGUGGUGACGAUUCUGGAUGUGUACAGUCGACAACUGAUGGUUGGGAUGAUACAAAUUGUGCUGAGCUUACUGGAGCUAUCUGUAAAAUUUAUUUAGCACCUCCUCCAACCACUCCUGAAUAUGUCGAGGGCCACUGUCCUGCAACAUUUGUUAGCUAUGGUUCAGAUUGUUAUUAUUUUGGAGGUGUGAACGACUACAAAUCAUUUUCAGAUGGCCAGCUUGAAUGUAUUAGACUAGGAGCAGAUUUAGCAAGUAUACACCACCAACAAGAAAAUGACUUUGUGUUUGCUUACCUAAAUAGUAUGGAUGUAUACUUAGGGUUAACAAGAACUGGAAAUGGAUGGAAAUGGGUUGAUGAGAGUGUCUUACAGUAUACAAACUGGGCAGUAGGUGAACCUUCUGAUAGCAAUGGUGAGGAGGACUGUGUUGUUAUGCUUCAUAACCAAGGCACAUGGAAUGAUCUUGUUUGUAGUGGAUAUAAAGGAUACGUAUGUAAACGACCAAAAGAUGGUGACCCAGUUGAAUCUUCAACAAUAACCAAUAACCCUGGUGACCCUGUUAUGGAUGACCCAGACAGUAAUAACAGUGAUGUGAAUGUAGCUGGCAUCAUUCUUGUAUGUGAACUAAUCAUUGUUGCCAUUGUUGGAAUAGCUUUCCUUGUACGAUGGUUUGUGAAGAAACAAUGCUACGGUGGCAAACAAGGUGAAUUCAUGAGUGGCCCAGCAGCGGACUUCAGUAAUUCUAUGUACGAACCAUCAGUAAAUUCCACGCCAUCUACAAUACCUAGUAUCAGUGCAAUGUCCGGCAGUCCAGUUGGUCCUGUCUAUGACAAUCCACAACCUGUGCCACAGUAUCCAGAGGACACAAUAUAUUUUAUAUAUUACGUAACAUCGGAGAUGGUAAUAUCGGACACGUGCCCUGGUGGAUGGAUAGAAUAUGGUGACAAUUGUUUUAUGGUAUACGACAAAUCUUACGACGACCGAUUAAACUGGCACCACUCACAGUCUUACUGUCGUUUAAUGGGAUCUGAGUUGGCAAGUUUUCACAGUAAAGAAGAAGAGGAUUACGUCAUAUCACAAAGUGGUGCAUGGUCCACCUGGUUUUGGUAUGGAUUGAAUGAUAUCGUGGUGGAAGGAAGGCAAGAUCUAGUCACCCCUCCACCCCCAGACUACUGUUACCAAGGCAACACUAAUUGGCUGGAGUAUGAUGGAAUGUGUUAUUACUUCAGUGAUUUGUCUAACGCAGAAGUAAUGGGUUGGAAUGACGGACGCUCUCACUGUAAUUCACUGGGAGGUGAACUGGUGUCAAUUCAUAGUCAAGAAGAAAAUGACUUUAUCGACCUGCAGAUUAAAGGAUCACAAUAUACCCAUUAUUGGAUAGGUCUGCGAGAAUAUGGGAUAGCAGCUGAAUACUUAUGGUCCGAUGGAACGCCAGUGGAUUAUGUCAACUGGGAGACCGGUGAACCCAAUGACCAUAAUGGGGAAGAAGAUUGUGCUAAUAUAUAUCCUAAUACAGCAACAUGGAAUGACGCACACUGUGCGGAUGCUUAUCCAUUCAUAUGCAAGAAAUUUAACCAUACUACCAAUCCUAUCACGCAUGUGCCAGUCACGCCCAUGCCUGGUUCCUGUCCCGGGGGAGGAUGGAUGGAGCAUGAUGGGAGAUGUUAUAAGAUUUUCGGCGGCGAUGGGAGUGGUAUGUUAGCCUGGGAACCGGCAAGGACUGUGUGUAGAGGCCUCGGUGGAGAUUUAGUCACCAUACAUAACCAGGCAUUGCAAUCAUUUUUAACCAGCAACUUACGGGGCCUGGCAUCUCCAUUGUGGAUUGGUUUAAAUGCUCGUACAACUAGUGGUACUUAUAAAUGGACUGAUGGCUCAUCAGUGGACUAUACUAACUGGGCAGCUGGUGAACCAAAUGAAUAUUAUGACGCGUGUGUAGAAAUGUACAUACUAUUAACAACAGCUGGCACAUGGAAUGAUCUGAGUUGUACAGAGGAGAGAGGUUUUGUCUGCCAAGGACGGAAAGAUGUCGACCCGGCGGCCCCUCCGCCUGUCACGCCGGAACACAAUUGUCCGGAGGGGUAUGUGAAUUACUACUUAAGCUGUUACAAAGUGUUGACGUACUCCCACACACACCAGACUGCUAAUGAUAUUUGCAUCAGUGAAGGUGGUAAUUUGGCAAGUAUACUUGAUGUCUACGAGCAAGGAUUUAUUGACACACUGGUGUAUGAUGCCGAGACCCCGUUGUGGAUCGGACUUUCAUAUCAAGAAGAGUAUAAUGAAUACAAAUGGAUUGAUGGUGCCCCAGUGUUUUACACCAGUUGGGCAUUUAACGAACCAAAUGACAAUGGUUGUGUACAGAGUACAACCACUGGGUGGAUCGAUACAAACUGUGAUAGUAAUACUGGUGCUAUAUGUAAAAUAUAUCUUAAAUCACCCCCUACAACCCCGGAUCAUAUAGAAGGGGAAUGUUUGAUUGGUUUUGUUCCUUACGGAAGUGACUGUUAUUAUUUCGGUGGUGUCAAUCGUGUCGAGACAUUUUCGGAGUCGCAGUUUGAGUGUGCUAGACUGGGUUCAAAUUUAGCAUCUAUACAUCACAGUCAAGAGAAUAAUUUCAUCUUUAGUUAUCUCCAUAACGAGAAUGUGUAUAUUGGUCUGACAAGAUCUUACAAUGGGUGGAGGUGGUUAGAUGAUAGUCCUAUACAGUACACAAACUGGAACGCAGGUGAACCCUCAAAUGGCAAUGAAAACUGUGUUACAAUGCUCAACAACCACGGUACAUGGAACGAUGUAGACUGUUCCCAAAUUAACGGAUUUGUAUGCAAAACUCCGAAAAGUGUAAAUGUCGCUGCGGUGAUUCUUAUGGCCGAGAUUGUUAUAGUCGUCAUAUUGGCAGUCGCGUUUUUUGUACGAUGGCUCAUAAAGAAUGGUCAGUCAAAGAGAAAUCAGGCGAGCUUUAAUCCUGGGCCGCCUGCAGGACUAGAAAAUGCAAUGUACGAGGACAACGGCUUGUACACACCCUCAACCACGCCCUCAACCACACACACCAUUUAUGCCAAUGACACGGAACAAACGUAUAAACAACAUGAUAAACGUAACUGGAACGACUCCCAGGCCUACUGUCGUGAGAUGGGAGCUGAGUUGGCGAGUUUUCACAGCAGAGAAGAAGAGGACUACGUCAUAUCACACAUUGGAGGAAUGUACUCAAUUUGGUGUGGACUGAAUGACAUUGAGCAGGAAGGAACUUUUAAAUGGAGUGAUGGGUCGGACGUAGAUCACCUGCGAAGCACUUCAGAUAAUACACAAUACAAAGACUGUAUAGUUAAUUGGAAUUCGAGUUUUAUAGAUUGGUUAGUAGAAAGCUGCGAUGCACUUAAUUCGUGGGUUUGCAAAAUGCCUAAAGUAAAUUACAUGACGUCAGAGACGGUAAUAUCGAACACGUUCCCUGAUGGAUGGCUAGGUUAUGGUAACAACUGCUUCAAGGCUUAUGGCGAAUCUAGCAUAGACCGACUCAACUGGCACAACUCCCUGUGGUACUGUCGUUUAAUGGGCGCUGACUUGGCAAGUUUCCAGAGUCCAGAAGAAGAGGACUGCGUUAUGUCACACAUUGAUACAUGGUAUUAUUGGUUUUGGUAUGGAUUGAAUGACAUCGAAGCGAAAGGAAAUUUUGAGUGGAGUGAUGGGUCUAACGUCAGUUAUAAAAGAGGCUAUCCGUAUAAUACAGAAAGUCAGGACUGUAUAAGAUUUUAUAGUACAGACUGGUGGAUAGAAAACUGUGAUUCUGUACAGAAUUCGUGGGUUUGCAAAAUAUCUAAAGGGCAAGAUCUGGUCACCCCUCCACCACCUGACUACUGUUACCAAGGCAACACAAACUGGCUGGAGUAUAACGGGACGUGUUACUAUUUUACUGAUUUGUCUAACGCAGAAGUAAUGGGUUGGAAUGACGGACGCUCUCACUGCAAUUCACUAGGAGGUGAACUGGUGUCAAUUCAUAGUCAAGAAGAAAAUGACUUUAUCGACUUGCAGAUAAGAGGUUCACAUUACAUUCAGUACUGGAUAGGUCUGCGAGAAUAUGGGAUAGCAGCUGAAUACUUCAUUUUUAACCAGCAACUUACGUGGCAUGUUAUUUACAUUGUGGAUUGGUCUAACGAUCGUACAACUAGUGUUACAUACGCAUGGACUGAUGGCUCAUCCGUAGACUACACUAACUGGGCAGCUAGUGAACCAAACGGAUAUUACUCUGCCGAAUACAAAUGGGUUGAUGGUGCCCCAGUAUUUUCCACCAGUUGGGCAUUCAACGAACCAAAUGACAAUGGUUGUGUACAGAGUACAACCACUGAGUGGAUCGAUACAAACUGUGAAAGUAAUACUGGUGCUAUAUGUAAAAUAUAUCUUGAACCACAUCCGACAACCCCUGACCACAUAGAAGGAGAAUGCCCGAUGGGCUUUGUGCAUUACGGAAGUGACUGUUAUUACUUCGGAGGUGUCAAUGUUAUCAAGACAUUUUUUGAAUCCCAAUUCGAGUGCGACAGAAUGGGUUCGAAUUUAGCAACAAUACACCAGGGUCAAGAAGAUAAUUUUAUCUUUAGUCAUCUACAAGACGAGAAUGUGUAUAUUGGACUUUCAAAAUCUUACAACGGUUGGUCUUGGUUAGAUGCAAGUCCCAUACAGUACACUAACUGGAACGCAGGUGAACCAUCAAACACCGACGACGAGGAAAACUGUGUGAUAAUACUCAACAACUAUGGUACAUGGAACGAUGUAGACUGUUCCAGAUUGUCAGGGUUUGUUUGCAAAACUUCAAAAAGGUAUGGAACAUCAUUAAUUUACCAAAUGUACCCACUCUUGGUUGAAAAUGAAUCUGUCAUUAUUGUUUCACCUCUGGUUUCUCUUAUGAAAGAUCAAGAAUUUAUAUCAAAUGAGGAAAGUAGCCUCAUUAAAAGUAAGAAACCAAAUCACACAUUAAGUGCAGAUAGAUGUGGUCUCUGUGAAUCAGAGGCAAACUACUUUGAAAAGCAUUUCUUAUAUUACUAUGCAGACACUGAGAGUGACAGUGACGAAGUGUCAGAUAGUAGUCGUAGCUAUGAAUCAGAUGCUGAAAUUUCCAAUUCAUCAGAAUCAGUUGAAACAGGGGUUUGA